AUGCUCUCAAACUCCCCCGCCAAUGUCGCAAGCCCUGCAACUCAAGACCACUCCGGUGUUGGUAUCACAAACGGAAAUACCGCCCCGACCACACAAAGCACACCCAGCAAGGGCACAAAGGCAUGGCCCCAUCCGCACGAGCCCGAUGCCAACGGCAAACAUCCCUCAGGUGGAUUUCAGGGCGGGGGAAUAUCCAAGCGACCCACGACACAGAGCUUCGCUCCUCACAUCAUCGCUCAUCUGCAAGCGCCUGACGCAACUCUCAUCUGCAUUUCAGGGCGGGAUGCAGAUGGCGGGGCGCGAAACGACACCUCCAGCAAUUCCCUCCUGAAAUACAAAACCAAGGACUUAGUAACUUCCUUGUCGCCUCUUCUCGGCUCUCCUUUCAAUGAGCUUUGUUGUCUAAGUGGAUCCUCCAGUCAACCACGGCUGAUACAAGCUCCACAAGACGAAGCGCAAAGGCUCACAUCGAAAUUUGAGCAGAUGGAGCAACUGCUUGAGGACUCUGGCUUUGACUCUGUGGGCGAAUUUCGUUCUACAACCCAAGCCAUGUCUCUGGACAGCCUGAUCCAAGAGGUGUUUUUCAUGCGAAGUCUGUUGCUCGGUUUAUACUAG